UUGUGUCACUUGCUUGCCAGUCCCCCCAGUCCCUCCCAACUUCCACAUUGGUGUUGGAGCUAACUGACCUGGUACGUUGCUUGCCGCUCACCUUCAGACGCGCUCCGGUGGGUGCUUCACACGGUGGUGUUCUGGUGGUAGUGCAGUGAAGCGUGUCGAAUACUAGAAAGAACUUUGCCAUCGAAGUUUAAGAACUACUUCGACAACUUUAGGCACCCACCACCAACAUGCCCGGCCACGUGAAAAAGAGCACGGGUCCCGACCCAGAUCCCACCGAGUUUUUGUUCAUCUCCAGGGAGAUGAGGAUAAAGGAUCAAUCGAAGCCUUAUGAUGCUAAGAAAUCCUGUUGGGUUCCUGAUCCGAAGGAGGGCUUUCUUGAAGGCUUGAUUCAGGGCACCAAGGGCGAUCUUAUUACAGUUCUAGCCAACGGUGAAACCAAGAACUGGAAGAAGGAUCAGGUGGGUCAAGUCAACCCUCCCAAGUAUGAAAAAUGCGAGGACAUGGCCAACUUGACCUACCUUAACGACGCCUCCGUCCUCUACAACCUGAAGACUCGUUAUGUCGCUAAGCUCAUCUACACCUACUCUGGUCUCUUCUGUAUUGCUGUCAACCCCUACAAGCGCUACCCCAUCUACACCAACCGUGUGGUCAAGAUCUACCAGGGCAAGAGGCGUAAUGAGGUGCCUCCCCAUCUCUUUGCCAUUUCUGACGGUGCUUACAUGAACAUGAUGGAAAUUGGUGAUAACCAGUCUAUGCUUAUCACCGGUGAGUCUGGUGCUGGUAAGACUGAGAACACUAAGAAGGUACUCUCCUACUUCGCCAACGUCGGCGCAACGGAAAAGAAACCCGGCGAAGCAGAAAAGCAGAACCUGGAGGACCAGAUCAUCCAGACCAACCCUGUACUGGAGGCCUUCGGUAACGCCAAGACCACCCGUAACGACAACUCCUCCCGCUUCGGUAAGUUCAUCCGUAUCCACUUCCAAAACAACGGCAAGCUGUCUGGUGCUGAUAUUGAGGUCUACCUGCUAGAGAAGGCUCGUGUUAUCUCCCAACAACCCGCCGAGCGUUCCUACCACAUCUUCUACGAGAUGAUGUCCGACCAGAUCGCAGCAAUCAAACCUUUGUGUUGCCUUUCCAACGACAUCUAUGACUACCACUUCGUAUCCCAGGGCAAGGUCACCGUCCCCUCCAUUGACGACGGCGAGGACAUGCAGUUCUGUCAUGACGCCUUCGACAUCCUGGGUUUCACUCCCACAGAGGUUGAGAAUGUGUACAAGGUCACAGCCACUGUCAUGCACAUGGGUGAAAUGAAGUUCAAACAAAGGGGUCGCGAGGAGCAGGCCGAAGCUGACGGCACUGAGAUUGGUGACACUGUUGCUAAACUGCUUGGCGUUGAGGGUGAGGAUCUGUACAGGAAUAUUACCAAGCCCAAGAUCAAGGUCGGCGCUGAGUUCGUGUCCAAGGGUAUGAACGUGGAUCAGUGUUACUACUCCGUCGGUGCCCUGGCCAAGGGUCUCUUCGACCGUGUCUUCAAGUUCCUGGUUCAGAAAUGUAACGUUACGCUUGAGACUGGCAUGAAGCGUGCCAUGUUCAUCGGUGUGCUCGACAUUGCUGGCUUCGAGAUCUUUGACUACAACGGCUUCGAGCAGAUCUGCAUCAACUUCUGUAACGAGAAGCUGCAGCAGUUCUUCAACCAUCACAUGUUUGUGCUGGAGCAGGAAGAGUACAAGAAGGAAGGCAUCAACUGGGCUUUCGUGGACUUCGGUAUGGAUCUGGCGGCUUGCAUUGAGCUCUUCGAAAAGAAAAUGGGCAUUCUUUCCAUCCUAGAGGAAGAGUCCAUGUUCCCAAAGGCUACUGACAAAACGUUCCAGGAUAAAUUGAACGCCAACCAUCUUGGCAAGUCCCCCGUGUUCAUUAAGCCUAAGCCACCAAAGGCUAAUCAAAUUGAGGGCCACUUCGCCAUCGUUCACUACGCUGGUACUGUCACUUACAAUUUGUCUGGCUGGCUGGAGAAGAACAAGGAUCCCCUCAACGACACUGUCGUCGACCAGCUCAAGAAGUCCUCUAACGAACUUGUCGUCACUAUCUUCCUUGACCAUCCCGGACAAUCUGGUGGUGGUGACGCUAAAGGUGGUCGUGGUGCAAAAUCUGGAUCCUUCAAGACUGUCUCCUCUGGAUACAGGGAGCAGUUGAACAACCUGAUGAAGACCCUCAACUCCACUCAUCCUCACUUCAUCCGUUGCAUCGUCCCCAACGAGACGAAGUCCCCAGGUGUGACUGACGCCGGUCUGAUCAUGCAUCAGCUGACCUGUAACGGUGUACUUGAGGGCAUCAGGAUCUGUCGUAAAGGCUUCCCUAACAGGAUGAUCUACAAAGACUUCAAGCACCGAUACCUGAUACUGGCCUCAAAAGAGAUGAGUGGAAUCGCUGAUAACAAGAAAUGUGCCAAGGUGUGCUUCGAUAAGGCCGGCCUUGAUGAGGAGCUCUACCGUUGUGGUAACACUAAGGUGUUCUUCCGUGCUGGUGUCUUGGGUACCCUGGAGGAGAUCCGUGAAGAACGUGUUGCAAAGAUGACCUCCUGGAUUCAGGCUUGGAUUCGAGGCUUCAAGAGCCGUAAGUACUACAAGAAACUUCAAGACCAGCGAGUUGCCCUUAUCGUUGUGCAGCGCAACGUGAGGAAGUACUUGAAAAUGCGCACUUGGGGUUGGUACUUCCUCUGGCAAAAAAUUAAGCCCAUGCUCAAUGUUACUCGCAUUGAGGACGAGCUUAACGCACUCGAAAGCCAGGCUGUAAAGGCUGAGGCAGAGUACGAAAAGGAGGUUAAACUUCGCAAAGAACUUGAGGUUACCAAUGCUGCUCUUCAGGAGGAGAGGAACACCCUCUUGGUCGCUCUUGAAUCCACAAAAGGCGGCAUGUCAGAGUUCAGGGAAAAACAAGCGAAGUUGCAGGGUCAGAAGGCUGAACUCGAGGCUCAACUUGCUGAAACCACCGAACGUCUUCACAAAGAAGAGGAAGCCCGUAAUUCAUUGUCUCAAGGCAAGAGGAAAUCCGAACAAGAAAUAGGCAACCUUAAGAAAGACUUCGAAGAACUUGAAGCAAAGAUCCAAAGCCUGGAGGGAGAUAAGACUACUAAAGAUCAGCAGGCUCAUACUCUUAAUGAGGAGAUUGCUCAGCAAGAAGAACUCCUCAAUAAGAUUAAUAAGGAGAAGAAACACCUGCAAGAAUCCAAUCAAAAGUCUGCUGAAGAUCUUCAGAGCAUAGAGGACAAGUGCAAUCACUUUAAUAAGGUGAAAUCAAAGCUCGAGCAGACUCUUGACGAGCUGGAAGACUCCCUUGAACGCGAGAAAAAGCUGCGUAGUGAGGUUGAGAAGGCUAAGAGGAAAGUUGAAGGUGACUUGAAACUGACUCAGGAAGCUAUUGCUGAUCUGGAGCGCAAUCACAGAGAGCUGGAGAGCACGCUACAACGUAAAGAUAAGGAAAUUGCUUCUCUUGCCAACAAAGCUGACGAAGAAGCGGGUGCCGCGCAUAAGAUCCAAAGGCAGAUAAAGGAACUUCAGGGCCGCAUUGAAGAACUAGAGCAAGAGGUUGAGCACGAGAGACAGUCCCGUGGCAAGGCUGAGAAAGGUAAGGCUCUUCUCGCUCGCGAGUUGGGAGAACUUGGUGAUCGCCUCGACGAGGCUGGUGGGGCCACCGCCGCUCAGAUAGAACUCAACAAGAAGCGUGAGAGUGAGCUGGUCAAGCUCCGCCGCGACCUCGAGGAGGUGAACGUCCAGCACGAGUCUGCUCUCAAUCUUCUCCGCAAGAAGCAUAAUGAUGCGGUGAAUGAGCUUUCUGAACAAAUUGACUAUCUCAACAAGAUGAAGGCCAGGACUGAGAAGGACAAGGAAUCCAUUAAACGUGACGCUGACGAUGCUAAAGCUGCAAUGGACAGCCUUUCCCGGGAUAAGGCUGCUGCUGAGAAAACAAACAAGCAACUUCAGCAACAGCUCAGCGAAGUCAACAGCCGAUUUGAUGAAGCUAAUCGUACCCUCAAUGAUUUCGAUGCUACCAAGAAGAAGCUGGCAGUUGAAAAUGCUGAUCUUCUGCGCCAAGUAGAGGAGGCCGAAAGCCAAAUUAAUGAACUUUCGAAGUUGAAGUUAUCGCUUACAAACCAACUCGAAGACGCUAAGAAGUUCGCAGAUGAGGAGGGCAGAGAACGUGCAACUAUUCUUGGAAAGUAUCGUAACUUGGAACACGAUAUUGAUACUCUUCGUGAGCAGCUGGAAGAAGAGGCUGAAGGAAAAGCAGAUAUCCAGAGGCAGUUGUCCAGAGCCAAUGCUGAAGCUCAAAUGUGGCGUGCUAAAUAUGAAUCUGAGGGCAUUGCCCGCGCCGAGGAAAUCGAAGUUUCUCGCCAGAAACUUGCUGCCCGCCUUGAAGAAGCAGAGAUGCAGAUUGAGCAGCUCAACGUCAAGAACUUGAGCCUCGAGAAGAGUAAGGUGCGUGUUAGUUCUGAACUUGAAGAACUUCAAGUUGCCGUUGAGCGAGCUCAAGCUCUAGCCAUAGCUGCCGAGAAGAAGCAAAAGAACUUUGACAAAAUCAUUUCUGAAUGGAAACUGAAGGUUGACGAUCUAGCUGCCGAGCUGGAUUCUUCACAGAAGGAGUGCCGCAACUAUUCUUCCGAGCUCUUCCGUGUGAAGUCUGCUCACGAGGAGAAUAUAGAAACUCUUGAUUCCGUCCGCCGUGAGAACAAAAACCUCUCAGAUGAGAUCAAGGAUUUGUUGGAUCAACUUGGCGAGGGCGGCCGCACCUACCACGAGCUGGAGAAAAAUAAUAAGCGUCUUGAGGUUGAAAAGGAAGAGCUUCAGGGUGCUCUUGAAGAAGCUGAAGCCGCCCUCGAACAGGAAGAAAAUAAAGUACUCCGUAGUCAGCUAGAACUCAGCCAGGUCAGGCAGGAAGUUGACAGACGUAUCCAGGAGAAAGAGGAGGAAUUCGAUAACACUCGAAAAUGCCACCAGCGUGCUCUUGAAUCUAUACAAGCUUCUCUUGAGGCUGAAGCCAAGGGCAAGGCUGAAGCUCUUCGUCAGAAGAAGAAGCUGGAGUCUGAGAUUAACGAACUAGAAAUAGCUCUUGACCAUUCAAAUAAGGCCAACUCUGACUUACAAAAGCACAUCAAGAAGCUUCAGACUGACGUUAAGGACUUAGAGCUGCGUGCUGAAGAAGAACAGCGUAUUGCAUCUGAAUACCGUGAACAGUAUGGCAUUGCUGAACGCCGAGCAAAUGCCAUUAAUGCUGAGCUGGAAGAGUCUCGCUCUCUGCUUGAGCAGUCUGAUCGAGGUCGUCGCCAGGCUGAAGCGGAACUUCGCGAAGUCCUCGAACAAGUCAACAGCUUCUCAUCUCAAAAUAAUACUCUAUCUUUGUCUAAGAGGAAGCUGGAAGGUGAAAUGACAACCCUUCAGGCUGACCUGGAUGAAAUGCUCAACGAAUCGAGGAACUCCGAGGACAAAGCCAAGAAGGCCAUGGUUGAUGCCGCCCGCCUGGCUGACGAACUCCGCGCUGAGCAGGAACACGCCCAGACCCAGGAGAAGUUGCGGAAGGCCCUCGAAGUUUCUGUUAAGGAGCUUCAAGUCCGCCUUGAAGAAAGCGAAAGCAGCGCCGCCAAGACCGGCAAGAAGGCUGUGGGCAAGCUGGAAGUCCGCAUUCGUGAGCUGGAAGGAAGUUUGGACGAUGAGUCUCGCCGUCACGCUGAUGCUCAGAAGAACCUGAGGAAGUGUGAGAGACGCAUCAAGGAGCUAACCUUCCAGGCUGAUGAGGACAAGAAGAACCACGACAAGAUGCAGGACCUUGUUGACAAGCUGCAGCAGAAAAUCAAGACCUACAAGCGCCAGAUCGAGGAGGCUGAGGAGAUCGCGGCUCUCAACUUGGCCAAGUUCCGCAAGGCCCAGCAGGAGUUGGAGGAAGCUGAAGGUCAUACCAAAACAUUUGAGUUUAUUGGCGCUAAGUAAUAUACAUUCAUAUUGAAUGCCAUAUGCUUAUGCAGAUAUAAUGUAUGGUAAAUGGUAAUCAACUUCUCCUUGAAACAAGAAAAUUUUAGUGCCUUGAAGAGCAGUAAAAAACUUUUUUUUUUAAACUGAAAUACUUUUGUAAUGUGAAAUGUCAUUAAUUAUAAUAUAAUUUUCCCUCCUCCAGUACAUAUUAUAUGGAAAUGACACUUAAAACACAAUGGUAAAUAAAACAUAAAGAAAUAUGUACAGAUUUUCUUUAAAUCGAACCUUGGUUGGGAACUUACAUAAGUUCGAUAUUAUUUAUUCUAGAAAAUAGGAAAGAUAUCCAAGAUUAUUUUAGGCAAUACUAGGCUAUGUUAAAAAUGGUAUAAAAUACUGAUAAGUAGAUGAAUAAGAUACAAGUGCAAGAGUUAGGUACCUUUAUUGUUCAAAUUUUUCUUCUAGGUAGUAGACUUUUUCAGUCAAAUACAGAGGAGAGUGAACUAGAGAUAGCAAGAGUAAUGACGAGGUAAAGAUGACAUAAGCAGUCCAUCACCCUUAAAGAAAUGGUACUUGAGUCAGUCCCUCAGCCUGGAGAAGUUCACCUCCAUGAUCUGUAACGAUAUCGUUCCAGAUCAUAGUUAAUGGACUGAUUACAUCAUCUUCAUUUCAGUACUACACUUGCUGCCUCUCAAUUUGACUGAAGAAGCCUACUGUGUAUACGAAACGUUUCAACAAUAAAAAUAUCCAGUUGUUGCAAGUCUUAUUCAUCAAUACCAGACUAAUGUUUCUGACAUCUUUUGUUUACGAAAGCAGCUAUUGGCUAUUUAUCUGCCAUCUAGUUUCAAGCUCCUGACUGAAGGUUUUUACUGGGCAAAACAAAAGACAUGGAACAGAAACUAAAUUUGCAUGCUAAUUUAUUCAGUCUCCCGUCUGACGAAGUGCUUCGAUGCAAGUCCUACUCUCUGGACUUUUCGUCCAGAGAGUAGGACUUAUGCUCCCCUUCCUUGGAUUGGACAUGAAUGCUUCCCAUUCCCAGGAGCUAUGUGACCUGUACGAAUAAAGAACUUCCCUGAAUUAAAAUAGAAUGAAAUUUCACUGUUUCUUAUAAAAAAAAAAGCCGCAGACAGGUCAGAUGUAAUUAAAAAUAUACUUUAAACGUUCCAUAAUGUAACUUAUUGGUAGAAAUAAAUAAUAUAAAAAUUACCUUCCAUCCUCUCCCUUUCCCAGGAUAUAAGUAUAUAUAUAUUUUGUCAGUUAUACAUUUUUCACCGAAACUAACCUAGCACUGUAAUGUUGUCAGUUAUACAUUUUUCUCCAAAACUAACCUAGCACUGUAAUGUUGUCAGUUAUACAUUUUUCACCGAAACUAACCUAGCACUGUAAUGUUGUCAGUUAUACAUUUUUCUCCAAAACUAACCUAGCACUGUAAUGUUGUCAGUUAUACAUUUUUCACCGAAACUAACCUAGCACUGUAAUGUUGUCAGUUAUACAUUUUUCUCCAAAACUAACCUAGCACUGUAAUGUUGUCAGUUAUACAUUUUUCACCGAAACUAACCUAGCACUGUAAUGUUGUCAGUUAUACAUUUUUCACCGAAACUAACCUAGCACUGUAAUGUUGUCAGUUAUAUGUUCGUUGUCAGUUAUACAUUUUUCUCCAAAGCUAACCUAGCACUGUAAUCUUGCUUAAAUUAACAUGCUAGAUUAUGGAUUACAGCUCUUAAACUAUCUAUCACACUGAGUAUAGCAGUGAUAUACAAUACCGACAAGCAGUUAACUAAGGUAUGUACAACAAUUAGGCUUCUAUAAUGCGAAACGUUUCGCUUAUUCAAUCGAGCAAGUUGUACAUGAAUGGUAUACACUACAGACAAGGUGAAAAUUAGGCACUUGCAACAUUUGGGUAUCUUUACUGUAGACGUUUCGUCAACCAUUGGCUUUAUCAAAGCAAAUUCAAGGACAUAAUUAGAAGACAUUAGAACUAUACAAAAGAUGAGGUAAUCACCUCAGAGACAGUGGAGGUGUAAAUAUGUAAUCAGUCCUUCACCCUCGACGGGGUACUUUUGAGGUGGUCAGCCCUGCAGUCUGGAGAACAGUUCAGCUCCAUAGUCUGUUACAAUAUGAAGCUGAAGUAUGAGUAGCUUUAAAAAUAAGUUAGGGAAGUACACAUCAGUGGGUGUGUGAGUUAAACCUUCUUAGCUUGGGCCAGUAGGCUUGCUUCAGUGCUCAUUCGUUAUGUUUUUAUACCGCCAAAUGUAAGAUGCAGAAAAUCUUGAGGACAGUAGAGGCGGUGCACACUAGUAGAAGCAAGAAUGUGACUGACAGGUACUAUAGCAAGCCGCCUAGUGGCCCAUGCUAAGCAAGUCACUGCUAGUUUAUGUUUUUGUAAUAUAGUUUUACUUUUUAUAUUUUCAUAUAUGUUUAUAUUUAGUUUUUUUUUACUGGCACUUGAGGAAAGAAAGUUGCAGGUAUUCUUUAAAUUUUACACUUUCUUGCCUUUCUUCGAGGUGUGUUGUGAUGAUGGCUGACAACAUUUGUGUGUUGUGGCGAUGUUUGACAACACUUGUGUGUUACUGUGAUGUCUGACAAUACUUUAGUGUUGUGAUGAUGUCUGACAACACUGGAAUGUGCUGUGAUGAUGUCUGACAACACUUGAGCGUUGUGACGAUACUGACAACACUGGAAUGUGUUGUGAUGAUGUUUGACAACACUGGAAUGUGUUGUGAUGAUGUUUGACAACACUGGAAUGUGUUGUGAUGAUGUUUGACAACACUGGAAUGUGUUGUGAUGAUGUUUGACAACACUGGAAUGUGUUGUGAUGAUGUUUGACAACACUGGAAUGUGUUGUGAUGAUGUUUGACAACACUGGAAUGUGUUGUGAUGAUGUUUGACAACACUGGAAUGUGUUGUGAUGAUGUUUGACAACACUUGUGUGUUGUGAUGUUUAACAACACUCGAAUGUGGUGUAUUAAAGUAAAUAAUGUUAAUCAAGCAAAAAUGUUGGUGUGGACCAUAAAAUAUGAACUUAACAAUGUUUCUUGUUUCGUUAAUAAAGGUAACUUUAUGCAAGUUUCUCGGAGUUGAGAUAGUUUCACAUUGGACACUGACUUUCACAUUAUCAAAAUGAGUUAAAUUUUCAUGCCAAUAAAACAAAUGCUUUUUCUUAAACUUUAUUAAAGUUUACCUGUAUUAAAUUCUUUAAUUAUACAAUGUGAAUAUGAGUUAAAAUUUGAAUUAUGGGCAUAAGAUAUCUUAAAACUUAACUCAAUCACUUUAAUAUAAUAUUUUAAUUCCUGCUGUUGUUAGUGUUUCAACAAGUAUAUCAUUUACCUAUGAAAUAAUCAUAGGUAAA